UUACAUUGCAUCUUUCGCGAUCGACGUAACCUUUUCGAUUUGAUAUUCUUCAAAAUUUUCUAAAUCAUCUUGUCUGUCUCACCUUUUUUUAAAAAAAUUAUUUUUCUGUGAAGUGUGAUUUAGCAAUGGCGCUAAAGUUCAUGAAGGGUCGUGACUUGGAGGCAGGCAGAGGUCAAAAUGGGGAGCAACAAUUGUACCCGAACCAGAUGGAGACCCCUCAGCUCCGAUGGGCUUUCAUCCGCAAGGUCUACAUGAUCGUCGCCUUUCAGUUGCUUCUCACCAUUGGCAUUUCCUACGCCGUCGUUUCGAUCCCCGCCAUUCCCAACUUCGUCAGAUCCUUGGCCGGCACCAUCACUUUCAUUUGCAUUUUUGUCGCUGCCAUAGCUGUUACGAUUGCCUUGUACUAUUACCACAAGAAGCAUCCGGUGAAUUAUGUGCUUCUUAUUCUGUUUACGAUUUUACUUUCGAUUACGGUGGGAUUCUGCUGUUCCUUUAGACCAGGGAAAAGUAUUCUUCUAGCUGUGAUUUUGACGGCUACGGUGGUUGUGAGCCUAACCAUAUACACAUUCUGGGCAGUCAAGAGAGGCCAGGAUUUCAGCUUCCUUGGCCCAUUUUUGUUUGCUGCAACCCUCAUGCUUAUGAUGUUUGGCCUCAUCCAGAUAUUUUUUCCCUUGGGGCCUUUGUCAAGGAUGGUAUAUUCUGCAUUGGGGGCUCUUCUAUGUUGUGCUUAUAUUGUGUACGACACAGACAAUCUGAUAAAGCGGCUGAGCUACGAUGAGUACAUAUUCGGUGCUCUCUCCAUAUAUAUUGAUGUUGUCCAACUCUUCCUCUUCCUUCUCUCUUUAAUUAGCGGCGGUAGGUAAAUUAACCAACACUCGCUCGCUAACCCCUAGAGAUUAAGAGCAGAGACCCCAUUUUCUCAUCUCACCACUAUUAUGAAGAUAAAAAAAAUUCUAUGAUGGUUUCUUGUAUGAACUGUAUAUUCACCCCAAUUUUCACAACUAUAGCUUCAUGUACAACUAGAUUAAUUGUAUUCAGCUUGUUUCGAUUACUUGCUUUUCAAGAAAGACAUUCCAAUAUUUAUUUUUAAACU